GGCAAUCCUACGCUUUCUGGAUCAGAAGACAUGGGAUCUCGAUGACCCCGGGAGAAAUAACCCCGGGAUUCCGAUGGGCGUCCGGAUAUAGAAUGUGUAACGGUCGCAGACACACUUGGCUAUGUCCGCCAUAAUGGUAGACAAAGAUGGUGACUUCUGUUCCAUGGCGCCAUUGGACGACGAUGACCUGGGAAGCCCGUUGUCUGGGGAAUUUCUUCAAGACCUAGGAGACAUUUCUCAGACCAUCGGAGACGAUGUGUCCACGGCUUUCAGCGGGGUCGACUACCAGUACCUGGGGAACAGCCCUGGAUCCAACGGUUCCAUUAGCACUGACCUUACAGACACUUUGUCCCCUGCAUCGAGUCCGUCUCCUGUUACUUCCCCCCCCAUCCAGGGUAGCGCAGAGGAGGCGUCGUGUAAGACGUUGAAUCUUGAAUGUAGAGUGUGUGGCGACAAAGCAUCUGGGUUCCACUAUGGCGUCCAUGCGUGUGAGGGCUGCAAGGGUUUUUUCAGACGGACGUUACGACUGAAUCUUGCCUAUGAUAAGUGCGAGCGAACAUGUAAAAUACAGAAAAAGAACAGAAAUAAAUGUCAGUAUUGCCGGUUUGAAAAGUGCCUUCGAGUGGGGAUGUCGCAUAACGCGAUCCGUUUUGGGAGAAUGCCGCGGUCAGAGAAAGCCAAACUCAAGGCGGAAAUUUUAACAACCGAACAAGACCCCAAGGACUCCCAUAUGGCCAAUCUCCUGUCCCUCGCCAAAAUUAUUUAUGACGCUUACCUGAAAAAUUUUAAUAUGAACAAAGUGAAAGCCAGAGCCAUCCUCACGGGCAAAGCCAGCAAUCCUCCAUUUGUCAUCCACGACAUGGAGACCCUGUGUAUGGCAGAGAAAACACUAGUGGCAAAACUUGUAGCCAACGGAAUACAAAACAAGGAGGCAGAGGUCCGGAUCUUCCAUUGCUGCCAGUGCACGUCGGUCGAAACUGUAACGGAACUUACCGAGUUCGCCAAAGCCAUACCGGGCUUUACCGAGUUGGACCUAAACGAUCAAGUGACUUUGUUAAAGUAUGGAGUCUACGAAGCCAUAUUUGCCAUGCUGGCCUCGGUCAUGAACAAAGACGGGAUGCUGGUGGCUUACGGGAACGGUUUCAUAACCCGGGAGUUUUUGAAGAGUUUGAGAAAACCAAUCGGAGACAUGAUGGAGCCCAAAUUCGAGUUCGCCAUGAAGUUCAACGCUCUGGAGUUAGAUGACAGCGACAUAUCGCUCUUCGUAGCUGCCCUCAUAUGCUGUGGAGACCGUCCAGGACUGUUGAAUGUCGCCAGCAUCGAGCAGAUCCAGGAAAACCUGGUUCAUGUGCUGAAGCUUCAUCUGCAGGCCAACCAUCCCGACGAUGGCUUCCUCUUCCCUAAACUCCUCCAAAAAAUGGCCGACUUGCGCCAGCUGGUGACGGAGCACGCCCUGCUGGUACAGACCAUCAAAAAGGCCGAGACGGACGCUUCUUUGCAUCCUUUACUGCAAGAGAUCUACAGGGAUAUGUACUGAGGAUUUUACUUUUUCCAGGACUUUUCGGGAGCAAAGUUGUAUUUUUUUUUUUCUCCUCCCCUAACCACUCGAUGUUCUAGCUGUGCCUUCUAUCUGCAAAUCGCAAGUAAAAGCGGAUAAACCUUGUUUAAAGGAAAUCAAAUGCGGGUGUGCGGAGAUGCCAGAUUAUACGGAACUGCAAUAUGAAUUUACAAAUCUCAGAAAAUUUAUUUUAGAUUUCUAAAUUAUUAUAGACUUGCCUGGUCGUUGCUUUCUCCUCUCCAUCCCCCCCGAGAAUCCCCUUUUUUUGUAGGUAGCACUCGGGUUGUUUCUCAGGGCGAUUACUCACUCGAUGUGUUACUCGGUUGGGCUCCUGGUUAAUCUAAAGAAAAUUCUUUGUGGUAUUUCGCCUCUACGGCUAUAAAAUCCCAUGGACCUUGGAGAACCCGUGUGUGCCACCAGGUGUCCAAGUUUUGGCCACCGCUACCCUCAAGGAAAGGUCCAACAUAGAGGACUCGGCAGAGGAAGGGCUAUGGUGUGAAGGAAACCUCCAUACAUCACCCAUAAUGGACCGUGGACGACCACAAA